AUGCUCUUCCGCACUGCUUCCGUCGCCGUUCUGGCAUGCGCCGCCCACGCGGCUGCGAAGCCCCAGCCCUACAAGCUCGCCGUCAUGAACGUCCCCAACCUGGGCUUGUCCCGUCGCGACACCUUUGGGUACCAGCCCGAGGAGAUUGUCUGCAACAAGGGCGGCGAGACCUGCGCCGACGCCUGCGAUGUUGGCUACGUUCAGUGCCCAUCCAACGAUGCCACCGUCCACUGCUACAACCCGACUGUCGACCAGCUGUGCUGCUCUGACGGCACCGGCAACUCCUGCGACAAGGGCUACUACUGCACCCACGACACUCAGCUCGAGACCUGGUGCUGCCCCGACGCCAUGGACCUCGAGGAGUGCGCCGCUGCGUACGGUGUUGACGGUGGUCUCGAGACUGCUACCGAGUCUACCUCCAGCACCACCACCACCACCACGUCGGAGCAAGAGUCCACUACCAGCACUACAAGCACGACCAGCACGACCUCGGAGGAGGAGACCACCACCGCCGCCGUUGUUGUUGUUGCCGAGAUCACCCCUACAACUACCCCUGAGCCUGAGACUACCACCACCACCACCACCCCCUGCGAAACCCCCACCAUCUCCAGCGCGUUCACUAGCAAGUGGACCGGUACCAACAGCACCAGCGCCUACACCUCGGCCCACGUCGUGACCUCGACCAAGGUCGUCGACGCGCCUGUGGACACCACCUCUCCCCAGGAGCCCGACAACACGGAUGAGCCUGGUGCUGCUGCCACCUCUGGUGUCAGCCUUGCCCUACUCAUCGCCGGCGCUGGUUUCGUCGCUCUCUUCUAA